AUGGCAAAGGCUAUCUUCCUGGUGGCACUUCUGCUAGUUUUGGGGAAUGUUUUCUUUGUCCAUGCCUCGUUUACCCCAAACGUCAUCAUAGAUAUGGCAAAAAUCGUUAUGGACAAUUACUGCUCACCGGAGAAGCUGGUGGGGAUGAAGGAGGCAAUUGAAGCAGCCAGCAGCAACACAGAAAUUCUCAACAUCCCAGACGCUGAAACCUUGGCUAAUAUCCUCAGUGCUGGAGUCCAGACCACAGUCAGUGACCCACGUUUGAUGGUCUCCUAUGAGCCAAACUAUGUCCCUGUGGUUGCAAUGAAGAUGCCUCCCGUGCCCCCUGAGCAGCUUGUUGCUGUCCUCCAGACCUCAAUCAAGCUAGACAUCCUGGAGGGCAACAUUGGCUACCUGAGGAUCGAUCACAUCCUCGGGGAAGAGGUUGCUGAAAAGGUUGGCCCUUUGCUCUUAGACCUGGUCUGGAAUAAAAUCCUGCCAACCUCAGCUCUCAUCUUUGACUUGCGCUACACCAGCAGCGGGGACAUCUCAGGAGUCCCCUACAUUGUGUCUUACUUCACCGAAGCCGAGCCUCUGAUUCACAUUGACACAGUGUAUGACCGUCCUUCAAACACCACCACUAAGCUGUUUUCUCUGUCUACACUGCUGGGGGCCAGAUAUGGCAUUACCAAACCCCUUAUUGUCCUCACCAGUAAAAACACCAAGGGCAUUGCCGAGGAUGUUGCCUACUGCCUCCAAAACCUUAAGAGGGCCACCAUUGUGGGUGAGAAGACCGCUGGGGGCUCUGUGAAUGUCGAUAAAAUUAAAGUGGGCGACACUGACUUCUACGUUACUGUGCCAACCGCAAAGUCUGUCAACCCCAUCACCGGCUCCACCUGGGAGGUUACAGGUGUGACCCCUGAGGUGGAGGUCAAUGCCGAAGACGCCCUCGCUACCGCCAUCAAGAUCGUCAACCUCCGUGUCCAAGUUCCAGCCAUCAUUGAGGGAUCAGCGACCCUGAUUGCUGACAACUACGCCUUUGAAGAUAUUGGGGCUAUUGUUGCAGAAAAGUUGAAGGGGCUCCUGGCAAGCGGCGAGUACAGCAAGGUUGUCUCCAAGGAUGGUCUGGAGGUGAAGCUGUCGGCUGACCUGAAGACCCUGUCUGGGGACAAGAGCCUGAAGACUACCAACAACAUCCCAGCUCUGCCACCCAUGGAUUAUUCUCCAGAGAUGUUCAUUGAGCUGAUCAAAAUCUCCUUCCACACUGACAAAUUUGAGAACAACAUCGGUUACCUGCGCUUUGACAUGUUCGGAGACUUUGAGGAGGUCAAGGCCAUUGCCCAGAUUAUUGUUGAGCACGUCUGGAACAAAGUUGUCAACACGGACGCUAUGAUCGUUGACCUCAGGAACAACCUUGGUGGCCCAACAACAGCCAUUGCAGGCUUCUGCUCUUACUUCUUUGAUGCCGACAAGCAGAUUGUGCUGGACAAGCUGUACGACAGAUCGUCCGGCACCACCACAGAGCUCCUUACCCUGCCUGAACUAACGGGCACAAGGUACGGCUCCAAGAAGAGCCUGAUCAUCCUGACCAGCGGGACGACUGCCGGCGCCGCGGAGGAGUUUGUCUAUAUCAUGAAGAAACUCGGUCGCGCUAUGAUCGUCGGAGAGACAACCGCCGGGUCUUCCCACCCACCCAAGACCUUCAGUGUUGGUGAGACCGACAUCUUCCUCAGUAUCCCCACCAUCCACUCCGACACUGCCGCUGGGCCAGCCUGGGAGGGAGCUGGCAUCGCACCUCACAUACCAGUCCCAGCUGACGGCGCCCUCGAGACUGCCAAGGGCAUCUUCAACAAGCACUUUGGAGGCCAGAAAUAA